CUCUCCACACACAUAAGAGUUCUAUUGUAUCCCUUUCCACCGGCGUUCCUUGUCAGUCUGCAUUAUCAAGAUACCGUAGCUUAUGAGGUCACGGGAGAGACUCAGGGGCGGCCUUACUGACGCGGCUUCCGGGGUGGCGUGGGUUGUAAGCCUUGAAAAUAAAGUGAAUGUUAGAAGGUGAAUCCCCGCUAGUGGGCUGGACUGCAUUGGUAAAGGCCAUCCACACCAUUAGGGAUAGGGCACGAGGGAUGAUUUGGGUAGCGUUAACUUUUCGUGUGGAAUAUAAAUGUCUUGGGUGUUGAAAGAAGCAAGUAAUCGGACGAGAGAGAGAGAGGGAGAGGAAAGGAAGGAGGGAUUCUCUUACACUGGGAAAAAUAUAUUACCUAGUUGAUUAAUUUUAGUGCUGAAAGAAGUGUAAUAGCAAGUGAUUUCGUAGCAGAAGCCAUCAUUGGAACCCAACCCACGGCUCCACGUAUUAGGCCUAAGCCGUGCCAAGCCAAGCCAGUGUGUUCACAGCGGCCACUAUGGGUACAAUGAGUGAGGUGGUCACGUCGCGGCCCCCCACAUUCGAGAAGAAGACGCCCCCGCAAGCCGCCCUCCACGACAAGCAGAGACAGACCGCGGCCGACCACCACACCUCUCAGCAGGAGUAUGACCUGGGGGUGGAGAGCCAGCUGCAGCCCGUGGAAGGGUUCGGCCCGUACUUCAAGCUCAUUCCCGCCAGUGGACAAGUGAAGGAGCUGCAGACCAUCAUUCGCGACAGAAACACAGCAAGGAGUGACUUCAAAUUCUACGCUGACAGAUUAAUCCGGCUGGUGGUGGAGGAGGGCCUGAACCAGCUCCCCUACUCCGAUCUCACCAUCACCACGCCCACGGGAUGCCAGUACCAGGGCCUACAGUUCGUCAAGGGCAACUGCGGCGUGUCUAUCGUUCGCUCCGGGGAGGCCAUGGAGCAGGGUCUUCGGUCGUGCUGUCGCUCCAUCCGGCUGGGGAAGAUCUUGGUGGAGUCUGACUUGGAGACACACGAGGCGCGGGUCGUCUACGCCAAGUUCCCGGACGAUAUCAGCCAGCGGAAGGUCCUCCUCAUGUACCCCAUCAUGAGCUCUGGCAACACUGUGAUCAAGGCGGUGAACGUGCUGCAGGAACACGCCGUCGAGGAGGAGAACAUCAUCCUGCUCAACCUCUUCUCCACGCCCGCCGCGGCACGCACCGUCACCAGCGCGUUUCCCAGGAUGCACAUCCUAACAUCAGAGGUCCACCCCGUCGCCCCCAACCACUUCGGCCAAAAAUACUUCGGCACCGACUAAUAGUGAGAGGUAUGGAGGGCGGCAGUGAGGGCGGGUGGACGGAAUCUGCGGCGCGUGGACCCACCGAACAUCCGGACAUGCCAGACUUGUGGGAGAGUGCGGCUUACUAUAGCUACUGUGGGGGCUUGGGGUACCUUACUAUGCAUGGCUGAUAAAGGUAGUCCCACAUACGGCAGGGUCAGUCAACACGCAUACAAGGCCAUAACCAAGAGAGAGAUACAGAGAAAGGUUUACUGUUUUGUGGGAGCUUAGGUAACUGCCAUUCCGUACCUAUAAAGACAAUCCCACAUGAUGCAGGGUCAACCAACGUGUUUACAAGAUCAUUUUCAAGAUAGAUAGAAAGACAUACAGAGGUUUUCCCGUAUAGUAGUAAGAUAUUGGACACCCUGCCAUACCGUACCUAUAAAGACAAUCCCACAUGAUGCAGGGUCAACCAACGGGACUUGUAAGAUGAUUUUUAAGAGAGAUGGAAAGACAUAGAGGUUUUUCCGUAUAGUAAGAUAUUGGACACCCUGCCAUACCCUACCUGUAUAAACGAUCCCACACGACACAGGGUAAACCAACAUACAUAUUAAGAUGAUUUCCAAGAGAGAGAGAAAGAUAUACAUAGUUUUUCCGUAUAGUAAGAUAUUGGACACCCUGCCGUACCCUACCUAUAUAAACGAUCCCACACCACACAGGGUAAACCAACGUAUAUAUUAAGAUCAUUUCCAAGAGAGAAAGAGAGAAAGAUAUACAUAGUUUUUCCGUAUGGUAAGAUCUUGAACGCCGUGCUGUACCCUACGUAUAUUGACAGCCCCCUCCGCACAGGGCCCACCAGUAUAUCCUACUGGGCCACUUCCAAGAGAGAAAUACAAAGGUUGUGCAUAGUGACAGGAGCGAAGGCAAGGGGGUAAGUAGUUCGCGGUCGUAAGAAGGGGAGAGCGUAUAUCAACCUCCUGUUUUCAUUGUCGCUAUAUCGGUAAUGUGUUGAAGUUUUUUAGCUCAUAUUCUGAGGCGUAUCGGCACUUCACUUCGUCAGUCUGAAAAGCCUCUCGUGGAAGUUGUUGCUGGGAUUUUCAUGGACUGUGUUGUGAUGCUAGUGAUAGGUAUACCCGACUUUAGCAUCUUGGAACGGGAAAAUUACCCUUGAAGACCCAGUUAAUCUUCCCUGUGGCCGUCAUGGAACCCCGAUACGUUUGUUGGGAUCUUCAUGGAUUGUUUUGUGAUGCUAGUGAUAGGUAUACCCGACUUUACCAUCUUGAACGAGAGAAUCACCCCCCAUGAAGACCCAGUUAAUCUUCCCUGUAGCCUUGGAAAAUAGUCGUAAUUUGACCCCGAUACGUUUAUUGGGAUCUUCAAUGACUGUUUUGUGAUGCCAGUGAUAGGUAUACCCGAAUUCAGCAUCUUUGACGGGAAAAUCACCCCCCCAUGAAGACCCAGUUAAUCUUCCCAGUAGCCUUGGAAAAUAGUCGUAAUUUGACCCCGAUACGCUUGUUGGCACCUUCAUGGUCUGUUUUGUGAUGCCAGUGAUAGUUAUACCCGACUUCAGCAUCUUAAACGGAAGAACCCCCCCCCCCCCAUGAAGACCCUGUACAUCUUCUCUGCGUGGCCUUGCGAAACAGUCGAAGUGAGAGCCCGAUACGCUGGAGAAUCUGAACCUUAGCCCGUAGGAGAACUUUGCAUUUGCAGUAUUAUGGUGUAUUUAUAUCUAUUUUUCUUAUUUAUGUAUUUUAUUGUUUCUCUUAGUGUUACUCUUCUUCCAUUCGCCUGGUGUUAGGACGCAGCACACAUCUAUAUGCUUUUGACUUAGUGUUUUACUGAUUACUGGGGAAGAAUAAUGCUGUGAUUGUUUAUUUUUAUUUAGCUAUUGAUUGCACUGACCAUACUUCAGAUAACACGACACGACGAUGUAUAUAUAAAGCUCUAUAUAUAUUACAUGUAUAUAUGUGUAUGUAUGAUUCACGAGAAUACCAAAUGUUUGACUGGACUAGAGAUAACCGCUUUUAAACAUCGUGUGACUGAGUUUUGUAUACUAACACCGUAGAGAGAUAUCGAGACGCUUAAAAAAGACAAGAAAGCAAGUAAAGAAGUACAGUUAAGGGCAUACGAUAUGGCUGCGCGUGGCCUCGGUGCUCAAUUCCGUUACCAUACCCGUUGAGCGUGUGGUGGGAAGCAAGACAACCAGGAAAUACAACAAUCAAGUAGAGUUAAUGAGCAAACAGCAUCAGCGAGCGAGCGGACGGCGGACAUAACCCAAAGACAACCACUUCACACGUUUUGUUCCUUGCUGCAGUGAGAAAAGGAAAAUAGGGUCACGGAGAAGAGGAGGAAGACCUACGAAGCGAUACAAUUCUUUUUAGGAUAGAGGAAGUAGAGGAUGACAACCACUUCAUACUUUUUGUUCCUUGCUGCAGUGAGAAAAGGAAAAUAGGGUCACGCAGAAGAGGAGGAAGACCUACGAAGAGAUACAAUUCUAGUUAGGACAGAGGAAGUAGAGGAUGACAACCACUUCAUACUUUUUGUUCCUCUUUAGUAGUGAGAAAAAGAUAAGGAGAUUAACGCAAAUGAAAACCAAAGCGUGUGAAGAAGUAGUAGAGGAUCAAGAGGAGGAGGAGGAGGACCUACGAAGCGAUACAAAGCUAUUAAAGACAAAAGAAGAAGGAAGAAAACAAGAAAAAGAAGAAAAUUAAAAUAGAAACGGAGACGAGAAGACAAAAAAAGAAGAAAAAGAUGAUUUGUAAGACUUACCCAUUUAAACGUGAAAUAGUUGCUGUUAUUGUUGAUGCUAUUGAUAAACUGUCUGCCCUAUACCAACACUGAAGCAAGGAGUGAAGAGGAGGAGGAGGAGGAGGAGGAGGAGCAGAACAUCAACAACUACUACGCGGCCAGUCAGUCAGUCAAUCAUUCGCAUCUUCCUACCAGUCAGUCCCGUCGAUGAUAAGUGUGAGCAAGAUAGCUAAUAAUUACAAUACCCGUGCAAUAUCUUAAGUUUUCGUCGACUAAUGUUUCCUUUUUUUUUCCGCGGAUCAGUGAGUCUCAGUCUCAUCUCUUGCCCAUUUCCACAUCUCAUCGUCCAGACUCAUUUUUAUCAAACUACAUUCAACAUUCCUUCUGCCAGGGAGCGCCAGUGUCUCAAACGUCAUCCCUCGGGGCGCGCCAACCCUCGGGCGGUCAUGUAAUAUUUUUUUUGGACACACACACCCCAACCCCUACCUACCCUCAUGGACUUAUUCACCUCAACCCCUUUGCCAUUGCCUAACCCAAUCUAACGUUUGCCAUUGCCUAACCUAACCUAACUUUUGCCUAACCUAACCUAACCUAACCUUUACCAUUGCCUAAUCUAACCUUUGCCAUAACCUAACCUAACUUUUGCCUAACCUAACCUAACCUAACCUUUGCCAUUGACUUUUCUCCUAUUGACAGCUUCCCCUUUGAACAUUAUUUCCUUUCUCUGGACAUAAAUUUCCUCCUCAUAGGCAUUAUUUCCUCCCUCGAGAUAUAUUUUCUCCCUCUAAACAAAAAUAUCCUUCCCGUAGACAUGAAUUUCCUCCCUCGGCAUGUUAAUUAUUUCCCUCCCUCCGACAGAUUCCUCCCACGGCAUCUCUCCUCCUACCUAGACAAAUCAACUCGUGACAUUUUCCUCUCUGUGGAUAUCAAUAAAUUACUCCCGUGAGCUAACUUACUGUGAUCACCAGCUUCGAGACCUCUGCCAGGCUUACCAAGGAAACGCAGUCUUUGGUCACAUCGUAAAAGUUAUUAUUCAAAGUAUAUACUUGGCGAAAGAAAAUCUUAAAUCCAUUAGAGGAAAAUGUCGAAGGAGUAGAGUCGAGAGGGGAACUGUCCUUCAUCCCCCCCUCCCUUCCCCUCCUCCCCCCUACCCCCGGCAGCUGCCCACACCCCCUCAGGACUUCCAUGGGACACGCCGCCCUGACCCGCAGCUCUGGACUCCCGUUUUCUACAUGUAACGCCAUUAUGUGUUCGAUGACGAUCUUGGGAGAUUAUUCCAUGUUUAUUCUUUUUUUCUUAUUUAUACGUACGCAUCCAGGUAGAUUUUUUGUUGCACAAACACUGUUUACAAGUAAAGCUGUGGUGUACAGGCUUAAGAGAAGGACCUCUAUGUGCUGUGUUACGUAGAGGCGCUGUGUAAUGAAAGUAAAUGAUAAUGAGA